CGUCAGCGCGUUCAGUAAUGCUUCAAAAAGGCAAUCAUAAUGGAUAAACACAAUAACUUGGAUCAAAUUAAACGAAUAGACAAAAUUGUGUAUGGUUCUUACGGUUUUAAUCCAUUUCCAUUGGCGGGCAAACAUCAAUACAAGCUAAGAAUCAUAUGUGCUGACAAAAAUCUCGAAUCAAAGUCUGACGAUCAGUGUAUUUUUUUCCCAGAGUUCCGUUCUGGAAUAUCUGUAUUCGAUUUAUUGCACAAAGAUGUUGAACACGAAUACACGGUAGAGGCGGCACUACAUUGGAUGCAUCAGUUAACUGAGGCUCUCAUAUAUAUAACUGCAAUUGAUUCGUUCAUUGUUGAAUUAAACGUUAAAAAUCUAAUGCUCUCUACGAGCCUCCAAUGGAUCAAGUUGAGUGGCUUUUUUAUAACUUGCAAUGAAGAAAGUUUAUCAAACUCCAGCAUACACUGGUCACUGAUAGAGCUAGUCGAUGACUAUAAUUCUCAUACUGCUAAAAUCGUAUAUGAUAUUGGUAUUGUAUUAUGGGAGCUCAUGACACGAAAGAUUUUUCGUAAGGUUAAGUCAAAAGAAAAGAGUUUCGAGGCUGACGGAGUUAUGCAGGAGCAAAUUGCCGGCAACCCCUGCCCACCACUUGAUGAUAUUGUGUUCUCCCACUCCACGCCAAUUAAAGAGUUAAUAGCACAUUGUUGUCAGGAGUUGCCGCAAUUCAGACCUACACUGAGUAAAUUAAAAUCGAUGCUCGAAUCUUUAUUGGCCGAAAAGGACUAUUCAAUGGAUUGGAUGGAUAUUAAUCAUUACCUACUAAUGCAUCAGGUUAUUCGACCUGGCGCACUUAAAGAUUUUACGUCAAUUGAUCAAAAGAUCUUCGGAGUAGAAUCGAUAUCCUGUCCUGGAUCAUUUAAUGCUGUUUGGCGAAAUCAGAUUGUUGUAAUCAAAUCAGAAUUUGUAUCUACCCAUAAGAUAAAGAUUUUAAAAGAUGUGAAGGAACAUACAAAGCUAAAUCACCCAAACAUUGUAAAAAUAUUUGGCGUUGCUUUUGAAAAGUCAGUACGUUAUCUAAUAACAGAGUAUCCAAAAGGUAUUACACUUCAUAGUUAUUUGCAUGAUGAGAGGCAGCGAAAGUAUGAUGACAAGAUGGCGUUAAUCUGGAUGGGGCAUGCUGCUGAGGCCAUAUCGUAUCUGCAUCGGAGGAAGCCACAUCCAAUAAUUUAUCGAAAUCUACACCCCGAAAAUAUGAUCCUCUGCGAUGAUUAUAAAGUCUUAAAAAUCAGCGAUUCUUUCAGUUUUUCCGAUUAUUGUUUUACCAAUCAGAAACUUUCAAAACUUGUCGUAUAUGCUGCUCCAGAGGUUUUUGAUGCCAAUAAUUUUUCUACUAAAAGCGAUAUUUAUAGCUUUGGUAUAAUUUUUUGGGAGGUAUUGACACGCAAGAGACCCUACGAUCAAUUACUCUUGACCUUAGAGAAACUCAUUGAACAUAUUCGGGAAGGCGAACGACCUGCGAUUGGAGAUAUACCAUUUAAAUUAAUAAACUGGAAACCCUUGAUAAAAAACUGUUGGCAUGAGGAUAUCAAAAAGCGUGGCUCAAUGAAAAAAUUGGCACAUGCUCUGCGGGAUCCCGGGAUGCUUAACCUGGUAUUUGACCCCGACAGACUAAAUUCUUUGGAUAUAGGUCUGCGCGAUGUUGUUGGUAAAGGCAACUUUAGUGUUGUGCAUGCAGCCAAAUGGCGUGAUACGUUAGUCGCAGUUAAAGUGAAGCAACUUGAUUACUGGACUUACUCUACAACUGAGAGUCUGUGGGAUGUGUAUCAACUUUUGGAACAUGAAAAUAUUUUAAGAAUUUUCGGUUAUUGCCAUGAUGGUAUCAAUGUGAACUUAUUAAUGGAAUAUGCUGAGUGUGGAUCCUUGCACAAUUACUUACAUGAUGAGAAGCAUUUGCCCUAUACAAUUACGAGGGCUUUCGAUUGGAUGCAUCAAUGUAUUAAGGGACUUCUUUUUUUAUAUAACAAAGAAUUUAAGCCACGGAUAAAGGGUAAUUUGAAGCCCCACUCAUGUCUGCUGACAAACAACUAUCAUACAUUAAAGAUAGGCGGCAUUGAUUUCUUGGAUGAGCCAGUGACUGAUUUGAUCACAGAAAACCAUCCGUUCUUUUAUAUCGCGCCUGAGCUUUUUCAAGGGGAGGAGUUCACUGAAAUGUGCGACAUAUAUAGUUUCGGAAUUAUGUUCUGGGAGGUGAUGGCCCGAAAGCAACCAUUUUAUCACAUGCAAAAGCAUGAGAAGAAUAUGAUUAAAUCAAAGAUACUUCAUGGAGAGCGCCCACUUCUGCAGGAUAUUAAAUCGUUUGAGUUGGAUCAUAUCGAAUCCAUUAUCACAUUAUGUUGGGAUCCAGUUCAAACAAUGCGUGUUUGUCUGCAAGAAGUGGAUUCUUUACUUUCUGAAACAAAAUUAAAAGAUGAGUGGUCUGAUAUAGUAUAUAUAGGCAAUAUAAAUUUAGGCAAGAUUGUUGGAGAAGGCGCAUUUGGUAUUGUUUACAAAGGAAAUUGGUGUGAAAAAGAAGUCGCCGUAAAAACAUUUAAAAAUAUUAAAGGACACAUGGAAACCCUUUCAAGCUGUGUUAUGGAUUUUAAAAAAGAAGUAAAGCAGCUUUCUCGUGCGGAUCACAUUAAUAUUAUUCAACUUUAUGGCGUAACAUUUGAUAGAGACUCUGCAUAUUUGAUUAUGGAGUACGCUGAAUGUGGAUCCUUGCACAACUAUCUGUAUGGAAGAGAGCAGAGGGUAUAUUAUGCGUCCACAGUGUUCAACUGGAUGACUCAGUGUAGUUAUGGCAUUACAUAUUUGCACAAUAUGAAGCCUAAACCACUGAUCCAUCGUGAUUUAAAGCCUCACAAUUGUCUCUUGAAAGAUGACUAUGUGCAGUUAAAGAUUGGGGACUUUGGGACUGUGACCGAAGCGACAUCUGCGAUGAGCAGCAUGGUUGGCACACCUGCGUAUAUUGCACCAGAGGUGCUAAAUGGAAAUAAAUAUACAGAGCAGUGCGAUAUAUUUAGCUUUGGUGUGAUGCUGUGGGAGACAUUUACACGCAAGAAACCCUAUUAUCAUUUGGAAAAUCCCAAUCGGCUUUCAAUUAUACAUCUUUCUUCCCAAGGACAACGGCCCCUAUUGAGUGAUAUAACAUUUCCGCACUUCGAGAAGAUAAUUAAACUUAUUGAAUGCUGCUGGCAUCAGGAUCCACUAAAACGUCCAAAAAUUCAAGAAGUAGAUGACAUACUUUCGUCGUACAUUAAUAAGGAAGCCUUAGCAUUCUUUAUUCAAGACUCAUGUGCUAUUAAGAGUGAUAUAAAGAAGAAAGAUACCGACUGAAUGUUGCGUUAAUUAACCUACUUAUAAAUUUAAUAUAAGUAAGUUUGUGUGUAUUUUUCA